UCCAAGCAAGAGUACUGGAGUGGGGUGCCAUUACCUUCUCCAGCAGAAAUUCUAGAACCCCAGUAAUGAAGAUGGCUCCCACAUUAACACCACAGGCUGAGUCUGUUUUCCAGUGAUAGCAUUUUCUUUCUUGUUUUUGUUUUUGAGUGUUAGUUUUCUGAGUUUAAGAUUCACAGCAAAACUGCUAAGAAGGUACAGAAAUUUGCCAUAUGCCCCUUGCCCACACAUAUAUAGCCUCCCUCAUUAUUGACAUCCCCCACCAGAGUGGUGUAUUUGUUACAGUUGAAUCUGCAUUGAUAGACCAUUACCACCAAAGUCCAUAGUUUACAUUACGGUUCACUCUUGGGGAUGUACAUUCCAUGGGUCUGUGCGUUCUCAAAAUCUUUUCAUUAAAUAUAUUGUCUAGGCUUGCUUUGACCCCCUUCUUAUUCUUGGGUUACAGAACCAUGUGUGAUCAGUACUGCAUCUCCUUUGCUGAUGUUGAAAAAGCUCAUGUCAACAUUCGAGAUUCUAUUCACCUCACACCAGUACUAACAAGUUCCAUUUUGAAUCAAAUAACAGGACGCAAUCUUUUCUUCAAAUGUGAACUCUUCCAGAAAACUGGAUCUUUUAAGAUUCGUGGUGCCCUUAAUGCAAUCAGAGGGUUGAUUUCUGCCCAUCCGAAAGAGAAGCCCAGAGCUGUUGUUACUUGCAGCAGUGGAAACCAUGGCCAGGCUCUCUCCUUUGCUGCCAGAUUGGAAGGGAUUCCUGCUCAUGUCAUAGUGUCGGAAACAGCUCCCAACUGUAAAAAACUGGCAAUACAAGCCUAUGGAGCCUCUAUAGUAUACGGUGAACAGAGCGAAGAGGCCAGAGAAAAUAUUACAAAAAGAAUUGCGGAAGAAACAGAAGGCAUUAUGAUACAUUCCAACCAGGAUCCUGCAGUGAUAGCUGGGCAAGGGACAAUUGCCAUGGAAGUGCUAAACCAGGUUCCCUUGGUAGAUGCACUGGUGGUACCUGUAGGAGGAGGAGGAAUGCUUGCUGGAAUAGCCAUUACAGUGAAGGCUCUGAGACCUAGUGUGAAGGUAUAUGCUGCUGAACCCUUGAAUGCAGAUGACUGCUACCAGUCCAAACUCAAAGGGGAACUGACCCCCAACCCCUAUCCUCCGGAAACCAUAGCAGAUGGUAUCAAAUCCAGCAUUGGCUUAAACACCUGGCCUAUUAUAAGAGACCUCGUGGAUGAUGUCUUCACUGUCACCGAGGAUGAAAUUAAGUAUGCAACCCAGCUGGUGUGGGAGAGGAUGAAAUUGCUUAUUGAACCUACAGCUGGUGUUGGAGUGGCCGCUGUGCUGUCUCAGCAUUUUCAAACAGUUCCCGCAGAAGUAAAGAACAUCUGUAUUGUGCUCAGUGGUGGAAAUGUAGACUUAACCUCCCUAACUUGGGUGAAGAAGCAGGAUGAAAAGGCAGCUCCUUAGCAAUCUGUUUCUGUUUAAUAGGUGCAAAAGGAAGGAAAGGGACUCAAGUGUCUAGACACUUGGAAA